ACAUUUUCUCUCUUGUUCAUGUGGAUAUUUGGGGGCCACUCAAUACAGUUUCUGUUGAUGGUUUCUCUUAUUUCCUUACUGUAGUAGAUGAUUACAGUAGGGCUGUAUGGGUUUUUCUUCUUAAAUCCAAGGGUGAAGCAAGGUCCACCUUGCAGUCUUUUUGCCAAAUGGUACAAACUCAAUUUUCUGUACCUGUUAAAACCAUCAGAUCAGACCAAGGGGCUGAGUUCCAUAUGUCUGAUUUUUACUCAACAUAUGGGAUAGUUCAUGAAAUGAGUUGUGCUUAUACAACACAACAGAAUGGCCGAGUGGAGAGAAAACACCAACAUCUUCUCAACGUUGCUAGGUCCCUAAGGUUCCAGUCUGGUCUUUCCCUUUCUUACUGGAGUUACUUUGUUCUUCAUGCAGCUUAUCUCAUUAAUAGAACCCCUACCCCUCUUUUGAAUCACAAAACUCCUUUUGAGUUGCUGCAUAAGGUUCCUCCAGAUUUUAUGAGUUUGAGAGUGUUUGGAUGCCUUGCUUAUGCCACUGUGGUAGAAGGGCAUAAACACAAGUUUGAUCCAAGAGCUAGAAAAUGUGUGUUUCUAGGUAUUCCAGUUGGAAUCAAAGGGUACAGGUUAUUAGACUUAGACACCAAGAGGGUCUUUGUCGGUCGAGAUGUUGUUUUUCAUGAACACAUCCUCCCCUUUUCCAAAGCUGCUUCCACAGAAGGACAUCAAUUUGAUCCUCCUUCUGCUCCUUUGUCUUCUUCCAGUUCAGAGGUUCCUACUUGUCCAGGUCCUCUUCCUAUCUUUGAACCUGAUGCAGUGGUUUAUUCUUCUCCUCCCACUGCACCCUCCACACCUUCCUCACCUACCCCACCUGUUACACCUACUGCUGUCAUUGAGUCAAGUAGUAUUUCCACUACUGCUCCUUCCUCCUCCAAUUCCCCUCUUCCUUCACCACCCUCUUCUCCUCCAAAUGUCCUUCCUCGUAAAUCCACAAGGCAAAGUGUUUUUCCUGCCAAGUAUAAUGAUUUUUAUGUUGGUUCUGCUCAAGUCAGCUGCUCUCCCAGUGCUCUCCCUCAGGAUCUUACUUUCCUUACUCCUGCUCAACAACAUUAUGCUUUUCUCCUUGAGAAGUUAGUUGAGCCACGUUGUUAUGCUGAGGCAGCCAAGGAUCCAAGGUGGAAUGCUGCCAUGAUGGAAGAACUAUCAGCUCUUUAUGCCAACCAAACCUGGGAGAUCACUGACUUGCCAGAGGGGAUCAAGCCUGUUGGUAAUAAAUGGGUUUAUAAAGUAAAACUUAUUCCAGAUGGAACACUUGAAAGGUUUAAAGCAAGGUUAGUAGCAAAAGGGUACACACAGAUUUAUGGAAUAGACUACCGUGAUACCUUUUCACCAGUAGCUAAAUUGAAUUCAGUAAAGAUGUUGCUUGUAGUUGCUUCUACACAGAACUGGCAUUUACAUCAGAUGGAUGUAAAUAAUGCUUUUUUGAAUGGAGAUUUGGAUGAGGAUGUUUACAUGGAACUACCAGAAGGAUUAAGGGAUAAGCCAGAGUACAAAGGCAAGGUUUGCAAACUGAAAAAGUCCCUCUAUGGACUUAAGCAAGCUAGCAGAAUGUGGUAUGCUAAGCUCACUGAGUCCUUAUUGGGAAAUGGUUUUACACAGUCUAAAUCAGACUAUUCAAUCUUCCUUACAAAGGUGGAUGGAGUCUUGGUAGUUGUGAUUGUUUAUGUGGAUGAUAUUGUGAUAUGGAGUGCAAGUCUUGAGGCAGUUAACACAGUCAAGCAAAUGUUGAAGUCUCUGUUCAAAAUGAAGGAUCUAGAUAAUAUGCAGUAUUUUCUAGGUCUGGAAGUUAAUAGAUCAGAGGCUGGAAUCCAUGUUUCACAGAGGAAGUACUGUCUUGAGCUUCUAAAGGAAGCAGGCUUUGAUGAAUGUAAAGCAGCAAAAACUCUAUCGAGUAUUAAGCAGGUGCUUUCAGCUAGUGAUGGUGAUCCUUAUCUAGAUGUUAGCAAUUACAAGCACUUGCUGGGACAAUUACAGUACCUUAAUAGCACAAGACCUGAUAUUACUUUUGCAGUCCAACAGUUGUGCCAAUUUCAAGAUGCCCCUACCACAGUCCACUUUAAGGCAUUGCAGAGGGUAUUUCGAUACCUAAAGGGGUCUCCUGGGUAGGGUAUAUUUUACUCUAAGGAUUCUUCAAUGCAGUUAACUGGGUAUAGUGACUCAGAUUGGGCAACUUGUCCAGAUACUCGAAGGUCUUUGACAGGUUUUUGUGUGUUCCUAGGGACAGGUUUGGUCAGUUGGAAAGCAAAGAAGCAAAGUACAGUUUCAAGGUCUUCCUCUGAAGCUGAGUAUAGAGCACUUGCUCUGCUGAGUUGUGAGAUUCAAUGGCUGGUUCGAUUGCUGUCUGAUUUUGGCAUAGAACAUUCACAACCUGCAUUGGUAUUCUGUGACAGCCAAUCAGCCAUUCAUAUUGCCAAGAAUCCAGUGUUUCAUGAGCGCACGAAACACAUAGAAGUAGACUGUCAGGUGAUAAGGGAAAGGCUGCAAAGUGGAUUGAUCAAUCUGUUUCAUGUUUCCACAGUGCACCAACUUGCAGACUUGUUCACGAAGAUUUUGACGUUUACAGUUUGGGCAGCGGGAGAAAGCACUAGGGCUUUUCGUUGUCGCCAUGGAUUAGAAUUUCCUGGAACUAGCAACUUUGAAGUUACAACGUAAAAAAGCUUUUGUUUAUUU